AUGUUCCCUAUCAUAACCACCAUCAUCACCACCACCAUCAUCAUCACCCCCUCUACCAUCACCACGUUCACCAUCGCCAUCACAACCACCAUCACCAACAUCACCAUUAUCACCACCACCAUCAUCAUCACCACGUCUAUCAUCACCAUGUUCCCUAUCAUAACCACCAUCAUCACCACCACCAUCAUCAUCACCACCUCUAUCAUCACCAUGUUCCCUAUCAUAACCACCAUCAUCACCACCACCAUCAUCAUCACCCCCUCUACCAUCACCACCGUCCACCCCAGUGGAGCUGACGCAGCCCCUCUGGGCCAGUGGUGGAAACUGCAGUUGAGGUCAUCUGGCAAUGACUUAGGAAGAGUACGCAGGCAGGCAGAUGUUGGCACUCAGGUGCUGAGGGACGAUUUCAGACAGAACCCCACGGACGUCGUGGUCGCUGCGGGAGAGCCGGCCAUUUUGGAGUGCGUUCCACCUCGCGGUCAUCCGGAGCCCACCACUUACUGGAAAAAGGACAAAGUUCGGAUCGACGAGAAAGAUGACAGGAUUAAGAUUCGCGGAGGCAAGCUGAUGAUCACAAACGCACGAAAGAGUGACACAGGCAUGUACGUGUGUGUGGGAACCAACAUGGUGGGAGAAAGAGACAGUGAGACAGCUCAGGUCACUGUUUUCGAACGGCCCACGUUCCAGCGGAGGCCGAUAAACCAGGUGGUCCUGGAGGAGGAAGCAGUGGAGUUUCGUUGUCAGGUGCAUGGAGACCCUCAGCCCUCUGUCCGCUGGAGGAAAGACGACAUGGACGUUGCACGUGGAAGGUAUGAUAUCAGGUUUGAUAAGGAGGAGUACGUUUUGCGGAUAAAGAAGGCAUCUGCAGCUGAUGAAGGAACCUUCACCUGCGUAGCAGAGAACCGUGUGGGUAAAGUGGAGGCCUCGGGGACUCUCACGGUGAGAGCUCGCCCCGUGGCGCCACCGCAGUUUGUGAUCCGACCGCGGGACCAGAUCGUGGCUCAGGGUCGCACGGCGACGUUCCCAUGUGAGACCAAGGGGAACCCUCAGCCUGCCGUGUUCUGGCAGAAGGAAGGCAGCCAGAACCUGCUGUUUCCCAACCAGCCGCAACAACCCAACAGCCGCUUCUCUGUCUCACCCAGCGGAGAUCUGACCAUCGCGGGCGUGCAGCGAGCAGACGGAGGCUACUACAUCUGCCAGGCACUGACGGUCGCUGGCAGCAUCCUCGCCAAAGCUCAACUGGAAGUGACAGAUGUGUUGACAGACAGGCCACCGCCAAUCAUCAGGCAAGGCCCAGCCAAUCAGACCCUGGGUGUGGACAGUAUAGCUGUUCUAAAGUGCCAAGCGUCCGGGGAGCCUGUACCCACCAUCAGCUGGCUGAAGGAUGGAGUGAGUCUGCUGGGUAAAGAUCCACGCAUGUCCCUGCAGGAGCUGGGCAGCCUUCAAAUCAAGAACACACGGCUUUCUGAUUCUGGGAUCUACACCUGUGUGGCUGCUAGCUCGAGUGGCGAAACGUCAUGGAGCGCCUUCCUGGAAGUGAAAGGUACACCAUAGGAUAAUCAGCAAGUCACUCAUGUCGCUUGUAGUUUGUCUCUUGCGGGUGGGGUGUGUCUUGACUUCAAUCUGGCAUCCCUUGUGGGUGCGGCCUGUCCAGGUAUUUUAAGUUCCAAUGAAACCAAACCAACAUUGACAUCUUACAGCACACUGUGCAAUUUAUACACAUCACCUUUGUUUAAAAUGUAUUUAAGUUUGCUUUACAUGUUACAUGCUAGGCUACAUCUCUCUUUUGCCAGUCCAACAGUAAAUAGGAACUAAUUGCAGGUAGGCACUAAAGUUCCCACGAGUGGGGAACUGAAGAAACGGCACACCACAAGCGACAUAGG